GGCUGAGCGGAGGAGGAGCGGGUGGGGCCUGGCACAGAGGCAGACUGUGGUCACUGACCGGAGACUCUGCUGGCUUUUAUUCUGCUCAGAUCAGACCCGCAUGUCUGACCCAGGGGUCCGCCUGCUGCCGGGAGCAAACUGCACUCAUUUCCCCAAUAUCUGACAGAUGGAUGCGGUCCUGUCGUAGAGGAGGAGGAUGAAAAAAAUCGCCUGAUGUGUUUUUUUUGGCAUUUUCGCUCAUAGCCUAUUUAUGGGAGGCAGCAGCGGCUUGGCCCUUUCUUUAUUAUAGGAAAGAGAUCUCCGCGGUUAGCUAUGUGAAGAGCAGAUCGCCUAAUAAUUCUCAUUUCGCGAUCCUGAGGAAUAAUUAUGAACAACGCGCAAGAUAUGUCGCCCGAUUUCGUGUUGAUGCGCCUGGUUUCCGCGGCCGAGGAUGACCGCUUGGACGCAGAAAACGGGAAUCUGCCGCCGGGAGGAGUGGUGGCAGGGCUGGGGAAGGAGGUCCUGGCUCACAGCGGCGUUAAAGCGGGGCUGGAUAUCAGCCGAGAUCCGACGGCGGGCCUCGAGCAUCCCAGCAGCCGCCUGAACAAAGCCCAGCCGAGCGGCGAGGGCACGGCUGCACCUGACACCGGGGUGACGGAGAACCGAGCCCCGCUGUCCGCGCCUCCUCCGCCGCAGAGCCCCAUGGAGGCCCAGGGCUUUGACUUCGCUCCCAGCCCCGGCCUACGGCCUCAGCUGCUGGUCUUCUCCAAUAUAAUGCGGAACGGAGAAGGGAUUUUAGAAUUAGACCGUCGGAAUCAGCCGAGGGAUGCUCUGGGUUUGGACCAGAGCCCGGGGUCUGGCUGCUCCGGCCCGACUGUCAAUAACAACACCCUGACUCCCGGAGACGUCCAGCAGCAGCAGAACCUGCUGGACCGGACAUGGGGAGCGCAUCCGCCGCUCUCCGUAACUGCGGAGAUGCAGGGAGCUGCGGAGCUAUGCCGCCGACAUCGACUCAUCACUACCCCGCCCGAGUGGCCCUUGUUGUCGGAGAGAUCCAACCCUCUCUCCGUGAUUGACUCUAAAUGGGGAUGUGCCACCAGGGACAGAGAGGGAGCAGUGUUUGAGCUGGCCCGGCGGUUUGGAGAGCUGGGGGUCGGUGCGGUACCCAAGAUGUUGUUCAAAGCAGGGGAGCUCCCGCAGUGUUCGUGUCAGGGUGCACACGGGCCGGCAGGAGGGGGAGUGGAGCCCGGGGAUGACCCGACAGAGACCAGCGAUGCUUUGUUGGUCCUGGAGGGGCUGGGGAGCGGGGAUGUAGCCGGACUGGGCAUGGACGAGUGCCCGGAGGGUGAGACGGACGAUGAGAACGGACGCCGCGAGUUUUUACUCAACAGGAAAAGGGAAAUAGUUCAGAAAAUGUCCGGGGCUUUCUCCAUCAGCAGCUUCCAAGCGGAGCUGAGGAGGCAGGUGGAGGGGAUGGCCCCGGCGGCGACCGAGGCGGCGGCAGCAGCGCACCUCGGCGCGCAGGUGUGCAGCCUCCACGGGAACUUAGCCAGCCGGCUCUCGCAGGUAAGCUCCGGGGAUUCAGAGGUUGUCUCCCAAGUUUCAGCCGUGUCACCGUCACCUACACCGGUCCGGAGCUCCCCUUGGGCCACGAGCCCAAACCUGAGCCAGGCGUCGACACCCAGAAGGCGGCCGGAGCGGUGCGCCAGUGCGCCGCGGACUCCCACAGGCUGUGCCGCGGGUCGGGAAAAGACGCUCAAAGUUCCGGGGAUGUCCAAAAAGGGCUCGUUAAAGAUCCGCUUGAGUAAACUGUUCCGGACUAAAAGCUGCAGCGGCUCCAAUCACCUGCUGGACAAGAGGCCCUCAGUGACCUACUCAGUUUCUUCUGCAGGGAGUCUGGUGGACAUGGCGAGCACCGCUGGUGCUGAGCAGGACGCAGACAGCCACAGCCAGCCCAGACUGACCAGGGCCCACAGUGCCUUCUCCCCUGCCUCGCUCUCUGCCUCGCUCUCUGCUUUCACUGGUGAGACUGUUUCCCUGGUGGAUGUGGAUAUUUCGCGGCGAGGGGCGAAUACGCCACACCCUCCCACGCCUCCCCCUCCUCCACGCCGAAGUCUCAGUUUGUUAGAUGACAUAGCCGGGCCUCAGCCUGGGCCUUUCCUAGUGAGUGUUAUGGGCGCCUCCCUGCAGUCCCUCCCCCUGCCUCUCCCUCCUCCUCCUCCUCCCUCCCACGCCACCAUCCAGCACAGUCUCAGCCUCAAUGACGCCUUCCUCCGGGCCCUCCCUCAUUCAGCUCCAUCACUGGCUGAUGCCCCACCCCCUUCCAGACAGGCCCCGCCUCCCAUGCUGUGCGCCCUGCGGCGGUCUGAGGCCAGCAACUUCACCGCCAGUCUGAGAGAGCUGGAGAAGUGUGGCUGGUACUGGGGUCCGAUGAACUGGGAGGACGCAGAGAUGAAGCUGAAGGGGAAACCAGAUGGAUCCUUCCUGGUCCGAGACAGUUCGGACCCCCGAUACAUCCUGAGCCUCAGCUUCAGGUCGCAGGGGGUCACACACCACACACGCAUGGAGCACUACCGAGGGACGUUCAGCUUGUGGUGUCACCCGAAGUUUGAGGACCGUUGCCACUCGGUGGUGGAGUUCAUCGAGCGAGCCAUUAUGCACUCCAAGAACGGCAAAUUCCUCUACUUCCUGCGCUCCAGAGUCCCAGGGCUUCCUCCCACCCCGGUUCAGCUGCUGUAUCCUGUAUCUCGCUUCAGCAACGUGAAGUCACUACAACAUCUCUGUCGCUUCUGCAUCCGACAAAUGGUCCGCAUCGACCACAUCCAGGAGCUUCCACUGCCCAGACCACUAAUAUCCUACCUGAGUAAGUUUUAUUACUACGACCCCGAGGAGGAGAUGUACCUGUCAGUCAAGAGCAUCCGGAGAGUGGUGGGAGCAGAGCAAGAGGCUGAGUCGCAGACGUAGCAGCAGAGAUCUUCUCAGCUCAAAGUUUCUGUAUGGAGGACUGAUCUGAACUGGUCUGCCAGCAUCAGCCAACCAGAGUCCCUGGAAAUCUCUGUGUCCAGUUGGACUUGGAUGGACCCGCCUCUCUCUUGACUUGGACUAACAAAUAGAGGGAUGAGUGUUUGAAGUCGGACGGUGGGAAAACUGUCAAUGAGAAGUUCCAAUGCAGAGGACUCGGCCUCGUCUUCAGAGGGACUGCAGAGAUGUUCUCGCCUGCACAACAUGUAGGUUCGAAACAAAAGGAGAGCGUGAAUUACGAACUUGAUUUGCAAGUUUCCUGAACCUGCUGAACGAACUGGACUUUUUAAAAACACAAAUGCACUGGUCAAUUUGUACAACUGUUGUUUGCUGCUGUUUCCUUGUUUUUCUCUUCCAUUCUGUCAAAAUGAGGGUUUUUGGAUUAAAAGUUGCCCUCAGGAUGGAUAUACACACAGAGGCAGGGCAGCAGAGGCCCAUCAUCGAGCAUGUGGACAGUCGAGGAUCGAGUGUUAAAGAGAGACAGGCCACCAUGUUGGAGGACCUAUGAUCUCCAGGUCAGAUGAAAUUCCCGUCUUUUCUGCCUGGAAAUAACAAAAUUCCAAUGUUAGCUACAGCGCUAAUGUAAUGCUUAUGUAAUUUAGACAAAAUUCGUUUAAAAUUAAAUUUAAGACUCAAUUCUAUUUUACCAGAAGUGCUUGUUACGCGGACGGAUUUGAUGAAAAGUUUUUACUUGUUUAUUGUGACUGCAUCAUAAACAUCUCCACCUUUGAA